CGUAGCAGAGCAAGAAGCAAAGGGCCACGCUUGCCAGAAAAGGUGAUUUAUCUGUUGUAAAAUGUGCCAAUAAAACGCCAUUUUCCCGUCCCCGAAGUGAUGCAGUGCAGGGCGAGCGUUUCGAGUCGAUACUCGGUGAUGAUUCCGCACGCCACCAACAGCAAGCGGCUGGUUCUCGGUGGGGGUGGUGGAGGUGGUGGCUCAGCGCACCACCGCUGUCAGCAGUCAGUGCCGCCGAGGCUGCUCGGGAAGGCGGCGGGCGAAGGGUUUAAUGUGGAUUCCGGGUUCGAAACGUCUGACUUCGAUUUUACCGACUUCGCCGAGGAGAUGCUGCCGUCGCGCGAUUUCAUUCAACCGUUUUCGCUCGAGCAGGAUGGUCUCAUCGGAGAUGGCCGAGGCAUUCCGUUUCGAACCGGCGCGGCCGACAGACGUUGCUCCGGGCUGAGCGCACGCAGAAUGUCCGACUGUCCUCGUCGUAUGCUGAAUCUGCUGCAUGGCGCCAAACAUCGUCGGAAGAGUCGCAUUUCGUUUGAUUUUUCCAACGAUCUACAUCAGGCGGAAAAAUCCGUUCAAACGUCUCCGAUCAAGCAUCCGAACAAGAACUGGCGCUUCGAAGAUGCCCGGAAGGCGAUACUGGUCGAGAUGGAAGCGGUUGGCCAGGUGCGGAAACCACACGUCCUGCUGUUACGCUUCCCGGAUCCGCAUCUCAGCAAAGAAAUCGUGCAAGGCUUCUCGGCCAGCAUCGAGAAUGUGAUUUUCCAUCGUCCAGCAACGCCAAGGUACUGUGUGGUGCAUUUGAAGCCGGAGGCGGAUGCGGACAGUGUCAUGAAACAUAUUUCACGAAUCCCAUUUGGUGCUGGAAAAAUCAUGGUCGAACGGAAGACACGCAACGCGGACCAGAAACCCGUGGUGCAGCCCGAGGACAUCGAUCCGUACACGCUGUUCAUUGGCAAUCUGCCCAACGUGGUGACGGUACAGACGGUGAAGCAAAUGUUUCCCGCUGCCAAACGCAUCGAUAUCGGGCACGCUCAGCGCAUCAAACACACCCGCUACGCUUUCAUACGCUUCACGAACGUGGAGGAAGCGAUCCAGGCGUUCAAAGCCAAUCACAACAAGGUCAUUGACGGGAAAAACAUCAUCAUUCGCUUCCGGCGGCAUAACGCGCCGAUUGCGCUGCCCGAGGACACGACCACACCGAAAACGCCCAAGCGCCAAAAACCGGGCCAACAGCAACAGCAGCUGGUGGUAUCGGUCGAGCAGCGACCGAGGCGUCUCAGUCUCGCUCCACCGGGCGCUCCGGGCCAUUCCGGUACGCUCAGCACGAUCAAAACGGAGAUACUGGACGAGGACGAACCGGACGGUGGACCGCCGGUAGGGAAAAGCGUGAAGCGAUACGAAGGUGCGGGCGGUCCGCUGUGUGUCAUCAAGUCCGAACCGGACGAUACGGACAUCGAGGACAGCCUGGAGGAGGAGGAAGACGUUGACAACAUACGGGACUUUCUGGAGGAGCAGGAAGAGGAGGAAGGGCUGAAUUUGGAUGAAAUCAAUCCGGACGAAAACUACUGCGAGGAUGACGAUACGGACAUUGACAGCUUUGGCAAGAACUACUGGACGCUCGAGCAGCUGCGCCGCAACGCGGGCGAUAAUGGGUCCGGCUCGGUGAAGAACGGCGAAGAACAGGACCUGGAAUCGGCUACCAAAACGACCUCCACCAUGCUGAUUAAACGCAAGGAGCACAAACCACCGACAACGGUCAUCAAAACGAAGCGUCGCGAUGAUCAGCUUAACGAUCUGUUCAGCUGCCUCGAGCCAGACGAUGACUUAUCGUUAUGAGAUUCGAUGGAACUGUUCUCGGACUUCAUUCAGUAUGUUACGCUGAACUAGCGUGGCGGAAGUACCGUUCGUCGGAAAGCCGAAGUUGGCAAAAGCGAGAACGUUCGAGUGAAGUUGCCCCGGAGAGCAGUUCCUGCAAGCGCUUGGAAAGAUUUUCAACCAACAGUCCCGAAAUCUUUUGGUGUUGUAGGCGAGUU